AUGGCGAAAGGUUAUAAAUUAAAGGAACUUUUAACUAACCAGAAGGAGACAGAAAAGCUAAACGUGCCAAAAACCGGUAAAAUAAGCAAAUCACAAUCGAAAGCGAAGAAAGAUGAUACAAAAAGCAUUCAAGUCAUAGAAGAGCCCUCAGAGAAAGAGGUUGAAAGCAGUACCAUUGAACCACAGGAAUACCAAAGUCAGGCUUUGUCUAAGAAAGAGAAAAGAUUAUUAAAAAAGCAGAUGAAAAAAAUUGUAGAGGCUAAGAAUACUGAAGAGAACGAGAGUGCUGGAGAGGAAGAAGAAGAAGAAGAAGAAGAAGAAGAAGAAGAAGAGGACGAAGUUGAUGAAAGUGUUAAGGGCGAACGUCUUGAUUUGGACAAGCUAGCUAGAAGUGACUCUGAAUCUGAUGAGGAAGAAGAAGCUGACGAAGAAUUUGCAGAAGAGGAAAAGGAAGUAGAGGAAGCAGAAGAAGCAGAAGAACAAGAAGACGUCCCAUUAUCCGAUGUUGAACUUGACUCUGAUGCCGAUGUCGUUCCUCAUCAUAAACUUACAGUAAACAACACCAAAGCCAUGAAACAUGCUUUGGAGAGAGUUCAACUGCCAUGGAGCAAACACUCUUUCCAAGAGCAUCAAUCUGUUACUUCAGAGAAAUUCGCUGACGAAGACAUCAAGGACAUCUACGAUGACACCGAAAGAGAACUAGCGUUCUAUAAACAGUCCUUGGAGGCUGUAACGGAAGCUCGCGCUCAAUUAAAGAGGCUCAAAGUACCAUUUAAAAGACCAUUAGACUAUUUCGCGGAAAUGGCCAAGAAUGAUGAGCACAUGGACAAGAUCAAGCACAAACUAGUUCAGGAAGCAAGUGAGAGGAAAGCUCGUGUGGAUGCAAGAAAACAAAGAGAUUUGAAAAAAUUCGGCAAACAGGUUCAAGUCGCUACUCUACAGAAACGUCAAAAGGAGAAGAGGGAAACUUUGGACAAGAUCAAAUCUUUGAAAAGGAAAAGAGGUAAUAACGAGAUUACUGGUGACGAUUUUUCUAUCGAUGUUGAGGACGCAGUUGAAGAGAAAAGUAAGAAUAGAAAGCCAAACUUUAAGAGAGCUGCUAAGGAUUCUAAAUAUGGUAACGGAGGGAUGAAAAGGUUCAAAAGGAAGAACGAUGCAGAUUCCUCAAACGACGUUUCAGGUUACUCCCACAAAAAAAUGAAGGGUAAAUCAUCUAGACCCGGCAAGAGCAAGCGUUCUGGAAGACGCUAG